AUGCAGCGAUCCUCUUCUUCUUCUUCUUCUUCUUCAGCAAAGAUUUUAUCUCGCAAAAUCCUUUACCAUAGAUAUCAAAUCCAACCCAUUAAACGUCCCUGUGAUGUUUUCAUUAAUCAUAGAGGAAGAGAUACAAAGAGGACCAUUUGCGGGUUGCUUUAUGAUUGUCUUUUGAGGCUAAGGCUUAACCCUUUCAUGGAUAACAAAAAUUUGAAGCCUGGAGAUCAGUUGUUUGAAAAAAUCGACACCGCCAUUCGACACUGUAAGGUUGGAGUUAUCGUGUUUUCGCCGCAUUAUUGCGAGUCUUAUUUCUGCCUCCAUGAACUCGCUCUUAUCACGGAGUUGAAGAAGAAAAUUAUACCUAUAUUUUACGAUAUUAAGCCGUCUCAACUGAAAGUUAGAGACGAUGGAACUUUCUCAAACAAAGAUUUUCAGAGAUUUAGAUGGGCUCUUGAGGAAGCAAAAUACACAGUGGGACUUACAUUUGACUCAUUACAAGGAGACUGGUCAGAUUUCUUAACAAAAGCAACGGAUGCAGUGAUCAAGAACUUGAUUGAAGAGGAUAUUAUUAAUCAAGAAUGA